AUGAGAGACGCCGAUUUCAUCAUUUGCUGUGCUCAGGCAACAAGACGUUGGAGCGCGGAUCCAGUUCGCCCGGGGGGGGGUAUGCACGGCGUCCUCACCGUAAUGGGGAGAACAGAGGAAUUAUUAGGAAUGCAUUAUGAAAACUACCAGAGGGGGAGGGGAGAGGAAAAGACUGAGGGUGGUCGGGGGGAAAGGGAUCAGAAAUGGAAGAGCUCAAGCGUACGGGAGCAGAGGGUCUGUGACGCACACCCGGUGACUCGAUGGUUUGAAAGGAAGCAGGUCAAGUGCAAGCGGGAGCUUCCACUUGAUCGAUUUCAGUCGCAGUUGGAGAUUAGAACGGCCGAUUGGAAGGCGGUCAAGCCGCAGCGGCGGCUGCAGUUCUGUACCGACCCGGCCUGGCGGGCGGACAACUGGCACGGGGGGCUCUGCCUGGCAGCCGUAAUUACCACGUCAGAGCUCGUGUUCCAUACCGGAACGAAAAGGGGGCUCUUGUUCAAUGGAACACAUGGACCACCUCCCCAAAGUCCUGGGACUGGUUGCCUCACCUGCAACGGCCUGCCGGUUAGGUGGAGAGCAGAUGCCAGUUGCCCGGCCUACAAGGCACUGUACCUUAGUUCACCUAGGCUGUUGGCUAAGACCCCUUAG